GAAAUACAUAAAGUACAAACACACAUACCUCACCAUGGCUGCCAACAUUCCAUCCUUCAAACUCAACAAUGGCGUCCUCAUGCCCUCAGUGGGAAUGGGAUGCUGGAUGGGCAGCCCCGGCAGCGGAGGCAAGGUCUACGGGAUGUGUCUCAACGCCAUCAAGGCUGGCUAUCGUCAUUUCGAUACUGCGGAUGGCUACCAGAACGAGGAGGACGUCGGCAAGGCCUUGCGCGACUCGGGCCUCCCUCGUGAGGAGUUUUUUGUGACGACCAAGCUAAACAACAAGGACCACCACCAGGUCGCCGCCGCCUUCCAAAAAUCCCUCGAGACUCUUGGCACAGAGUACAUUGACCUGUAUCUCAUGCACUGGCCCCAGGCCAUUCGGGAUGGCCAGACCCUGCAGCCGGACGAGAGCCCCACCAUCCAUGAGACCUGGGCCGAGAUGGUCAAACUCCUCGACACGGGCAAGGUUCGCGCCCUCGGCGUGUCCAAUUUUGGUGUGCCCCUGCUGAAGAAGCUGCUGGGCGAUGACACCACCACCACCACCUCCUCCUCCGUCGUGGUGCCCGCUGUCAACCAGGUCGAGCUGCACCCGCUGCUGCCGCAGACGGCGUUGCAGGAGUUUUGCUCAGCGCGCGGCAUCGUGCUGACGGCGUACUCACCCAUCGGACAGCCCCAGGCUGGGACGGUGUCCCCUGUGCUGUCGGACGAGACGAUUGUCAAAAUCGCCAAGAAGCACGGCGUGGGCGAGGGCCAGGUUGUUUUAAGCUGGGCUGUGCAGCAUGGGAUCGUCGUGGUGCCCAAGAGCGAGAACCCGGAGCGGAUGAAGAAGAACAUUACGGCAAGGGGGAAACAGCUCGUGCAACUCGAUGAUGACGACUUGAAGGCCAUUGAUGGGAUCCACAAGGAGAAUGGCAAGCACCGUAGCCUCCUGCAUUACCAUAGCGAGAGCGGUACGGUCUUUGGAUGGACUUAUGAGCAGAUGGGUUGG